GCACCGCCCCCCCUCAGCGCCCGCGCGCCCGCGUCCCGCGAGCCUGCUGGGAGGGGCGUCCUAGGCAGGUGCAGGUGCGGGCGCGGCGGAGGGCGCAGCACGCGGGGACCCGCCGCGGCGGAGGUGCGCUCGGCGCCCGGGGGCAGCCAGCGGCCGCUGGUGGGCGUCGGGCGGCGUCGACCCUGAUCCCCGGGCUCUCCCAGCCUCCUCCCCCGCUCCCGGGGCUCAGACGCGUAAUUCAUUAACUGCGCAGUCCCGAGUCGGGAGCCUGGAUACCUGUCGGCGGGCAUUCCAGCGGCUCGAAGCUGUGGACACUGGGGUGGGGGAGUGGAGAGGUCCCAAACAAGUCAGAAGCGCAUCGCAACACGGGACUCGACGAGGAAGCUGGUGCGGAAUGAAGCAGUGGCGAUGGACCAAGGGUUCUUUCAUACCCAAGUCUGAGUAAACGGCGUCUGAGGCGAGAUGCCCAGGCAUAGAGGUCACUCUCGGGAGGUUUCGGUGAAACCUGGUGAGAAAGAGCAAGCGCCGGAACUCGCGCUUAGGAGGCAGCUCAGUUCAGCCUGACUUUUGUUUAGUUGAGGGGAGCUGCACAGACUCCUCUCAACCUUCCAGCGUUGACACCUCUUCCCGACCGCCCGGGGAACAGCGGGCUUAGUGGGCUCGAGUGAUACGAAGUGGAGUCUGCGGCACGUGAAGAGUUUCCAGUUUUUAUGUGGUUCAGGCAAAAAUCUGUGAUGGCUAAAGGGUUAUCUUAUCAUGAGGCUUUUGCUAUGGCUAAAGACCCCUUGGAAGGUUUCCAUGAAGUAAACCUUGCUUCACCUACUUCUCCAGACCUUCUUUGUGUGUCCGAAUCAGGAACUCAAGAGCAGACCUCCUCGCCAAGUGUCAUCUACCGUCCACAUCCUUCAGCUUUGUGCUCUACCCCUGUCCAGGCUAAUGCGUUAGAUGUUUCUCAUCUUCCUACACAACCUGUGUAUUCAUCCUCCAGACAUUUAAAUUGUGUGGAAAUAUCUAGUAUCAGCAUCCAAGUUACAGAUCCAGCAUCCUGUUCUACCUCUGGAGUUGCAGCUGGGUUAAAUAAAUUAACUACAAGAAAAGACAACUGUACAGCAGAGAGGGAGUUUUUACAGGGUGCUACAGUAACAGAGGAUUGUGAUGGCAGUGAUGAUAUUUUUGGGUUGAGUACUGAUAGUCUGUCCCGCUUACGAAGCCCAUCUGUUUUGGAAGUCAGAGAAAAGGGCUAUGAAAGAUUAAAAGAAGAACUUGCAAAAGCUCAGAGGGAACUGAAGUUAAAAGAUGAAGAAUGUGAGAGGCUUUCUAAAGUACGAGAUCAACUUGGACAGGAAUUGGAGGAACUUACAGCUAGUCUGUUUGAGGAAGCUCAUAAGAUGGUGAGAGAAGCAAAUGUCAAGCAGGCAACAGCAGAAAAACAGCUAAAAGAAGCACAAGGAAAAAUUGAUGUACUUCAAGCUGAAGUAGCUGCAUUAAAGACGCUUGUAUUGUCCAGUUCUCCAACCUCACCUACACAAGAGCCUUUGCCAGGUGGAAAGACACCUUUUAAAAAGGGGCAUACAAGAAAUAAAAGUAUGAGCAGUGCUAUGAGUGGCAGUCAUCAGGACCUCAGUGUGAUACAACCAAUUGUAAAAGACUGCAAAGAGGCUGACUUAUCUCUGUAUAAUGAAUUCAGAUCUUGGAAAGAUGAACCCACAAUGGAUAGAACAUGCCCUUUCUUAGACAAAAUCUAUCAAGAAGAUAUCUUUCCAUGUUUAACAUUCUCAAAAAGUGAGUUGGCUUCAGCUGUUCUGGAAGCUGUGGAAAACAAUACCCUAAGCAUUGAACCAGUAGGAUUACAACCGAUUAGAUUUGUGAAAGCUUCUGCAGUUGAAUGUGGAGGACCAAAAAAAUGUGCUCUCACUGGCCAGAGUAAAUCUUGUAAACACAGAAUUAAAUUAGGGGACUCAAGCAACUAUUAUUAUAUUUCUCCUUUUUGUAGAUACAGGAUCACUUCCGUAUGCAACUUUUUUACAUAUAUUCGAUAUAUUCAGCAGGGACUUGUGAAACAGCAGGAUGUUGAUCAGAUGUUUUGGGAAGUUAUGCAGUUAAGAAAAGAGAUGUCAUUGGCAAAGCUGGGAUAUUUCAAAGAGGAACUCUGAUGCUGUGCCUGGGAACAUGCAUGAACCUUCCUGAAUAACUGAAAAAUGGCUGGAUAUUUUUAUGGUUACUUGAUAUUUAUUUCCAAGGAGUGGGUCCAAGACUUUUCCCCCCUUUUGCAAAUUACACUAGGAAAUCCUGUGAUUUGUUUUAAACCAACCUUUGCUGUGUUUGCUUAUUCUUUAGUUGAACAGACCAUUAAGAAGAAUUACAGAUAUACUAGUGAUUGUAAUUUUUAGUUGAAAAGAAAAGCUAAAUAAAUAAAUGUUAGAUUGAA